UUUGUAUCUUGGCUCUCAUCUCACAUCACAGUUCACACACUUGCUUUGCUUGGCCAAUGCCACUACUGAAGUGAACAGUGGUUGGUGUCGUCUAUGUUUAUCUAUCUGCAAAUUUGAGUCUUCAUUCAGUCACAGUUAGGGUUUGUUUACCGGAGACAAAACCCUAAAUCGCCGAGAGUGAGUGAUUUCGUUGCAUAAACCCAAUCCAACCCCAAACCCUAGUUGGCGAUGACGAAAGUGCACGGCACGGGAACAUACGAUUUCCGCCGCCAUAGAGUGGCGGAGUAUCCGGUGGCAGCGGAGCCGAAACCAGUAGAGUGGAGUCAAAAGAGUGGCGGUGCUCUUCCCAGCACACUCACAGUAUCUGAGAUUCAACGUGACAGGUUGACCAAGAUUGCAGAGGAGAAUUGGUCGAAGAAGAAGAAGGAGAAAGCGUUUGAUGCGGAGGUUGUUGAGAAAAUCUACGAAAGUGAGUUGUUGGUGAAAGAGGGUCAGGGUCACAAACCCGUUCCUUUGCAGAGGGUCAUGAUCCUUGAGGUUAGUCAGUAUCUCGAGAAUUACCUCUGGCCCCAUUUCGACCCUCUCACUGCUACCUUCCAGCAUGUUAUGUCCAUCAUCCUUAUGGUCAACGAGAAGUUCCGCGAAAAUGUCGCCGCUUGGGUUUGCUUCCAUGAGAGGAAAGAUGCCUUCAAAGGGUUUCUUGAGAGGGUUCUUCGCGUAAAGGAGGGAAGAGAACUAAGUAUAGCAGAGAAGACAAAUUACCUAAUUUUCAUGAUAAAUGCCUUCCAGAGUUUGGAAGAUGAGGUUGUUAGCGAGACAGUCUUGAAACUAGCAAGUUUGAAAUCCUGGUAUAGUUUGUCUUAUGGUCGUUUUCAGAUGGAGCUUUGUCUUAAUCCAAGUUUGAUCAAGAAAUGGAAAAGGAUGAUAAAAAAGGAAUCAGGGAAAGGAGGACACCAUUCUGAUCAGUCAACUGCGGUUGAAGUUAUGUUCUUGAGGAACCUCAUAGAAGAAUUUCUGGAGAUAUUGGAUUCACAAGUGUUUCCCCAGAGGCAGUUGUCUGGUGAGAAUGAUGAACUUAUUGAUGGUGCUGAUUUUGGUGUAGUUAAUGAUGCUUGUGUCCUUUAUUGUGAGAGGUUUAUGGAAUUUCUUAUUGACCUAUUGAGUCAAUUGCCAACGAGAAGGUAUUUGAGGCCUCUAGUGGCUGAUGUAGCUGUAGUUGCCAAAUGCCACCUGAGUGCGCUCUAUAGGCAUGAAAAGGGAAAACUUUUUGCCCAAUUGGUUGAUUUAUUACAAUUCUAUGAAGGGUUUGAGAUUAACGAUCAUACUGGCACACAGUUAACAGAUCAUGAGGUUCUCGAAUCUCAUUACAGCCGACUGCAAGCAUUCCAGCUACUUGCAUUUAAGAAGAUGAGCAAGCUGCGGGAACUUUCUUUGACUAACAUUGGUUCAAUUCACAAGCGCGCUAAUCUCUCCAAGAAACUGUCUGUUCUUUCUCCUGAGGAGCUAAGGGAUUUGGUUUGCUGUAAGCUCAAACUGGUUUCUAAGGAAGAUCCCUGGUCAGAAAGGGUUGAUUUUCUUAUUGAAGUAAUGGUGUCCUUUUUCGAGAAGCAGCUGUCUCAAAAAGAAGCUAUCAAUGCUCUUCCUCUUUACCCAAAUGAACAGAUUAUGUGGGAUGAAAGUGUUGUACCGAGCAUAAAUUACUCUGGAGAAGGUUGUUUAGCGUUACCAAAGCUUAACUUACAGUUCUUAACACUUCAUGACUAUCUUCUUCGAAAUUUUAAUCUCUUUCGACUUGAAUCAACAUAUGAGAUACGUGAGGAUAUUCAGGAAGCUGUACCACAUCUUCAAGCAUAUAUCAAUAGUGAUGGAGAAACUGCUUUCCGCGGUUGGUCAAGAAUGGCUGUGCCAAUUAAAGAGUUCAGGAUCACUGAAGUAAAACAACCCAACAUAGGAGAAGUCAAGCCAUCAUCUGUGACUGCAAAAAUUACUUACAGCAUUUCCAGUUAUAGAGCACACGUUAGGUCAGAAUGGGAUGCACUAAAAGAACAUGAUGUAUUGUUUUUACUAUCUAUUCGCCCAUCAUUCGAGCCUCUUAGUGCAGAAGAAGAAGCCAGAGCUAGUGUGCCGCAGAAGCUUGGCCUACAAUUUGUACGGGGAUGUGAAGUUACUGAGAUUCGUGAUGAAGAAGGGAUCCUUAUGAAUGAUUUUUCAGGAAGGAUUAAACGGGAUGAGUGGAAGCCGCCAAAGGGGGAGCUGAGAACAGUAACUGUGGCUUUGGAUACAGCACAAUACCAUAUGGAUGUCAAUAAAAUUGCUGAGAAAGGGGCAGAUGAUGUUUAUGGUACAUUUAAUGUGUUAAUGAGGAGGAAGCCAAAAGAAAACAAUUUUAAAGCCAUCUUAGAAUCAAUAAGGGAUUUAAUGAAUGAAUACUGUAUUGUUCCCAAGUGGUUAGAAAACAUUUUUCUUGGCUAUGGGGAUCCUUCUGCAGCACAAUGGACUAAUAUGCCUGAUCUGUUGGAAGCAGUAGAUUUCAAAGAUACUUUUGUAGAUGCUGAUCACUUGAGAAAAAGUUUUGUGAAUUAUGAGGUUUCUUUCGUUAAUCCUGACGGCACUGAAAACUUGAAUCCAAGGCCUCCUUUUAAAAUCAAACUUCCCCGGACGCUCAAAGGAAGCAUUGGUUCUCAUCCUGGGGGUGCAGUGCCUGCUGUUGAUGCAACAAAUGAUAUCAAUGUAGUUGAUGCUAAUCAUCAGAAAGAAAAACUAAUUAUUGAGACAUAUACUCCACCUGACCCAGGCCCUUAUCCUCAAGAUCAGCCAAAACAAAAUACAGUUAGAUUUACACCCACACAGGUUGAAGCAAUUAUAUCUGGCAUUCAGCCUGGCCUAACUAUGGUUGUGGGGCCACCUGGUACGGGAAAGACUGAUACAGCUGUACAAAUUUUGAAUGUUCUUUAUCAUAAUUGUCCUUCUCAGAGAACCUUAAUAAUUACUCAUUCAAAUCAAGCUCUGAAUGACCUGUUUGAGAAGAUAAUGCAGAGAGAUGUACCUGCACGAUAUCUUCUCCGACUUGGUCAAGGAGAACAUGAACUAGAAACUGAUCUAGAUUUUAGUCGACAAGGUCGUGUUAAUGCAAUGCUUGUUAGACGUCUAGAAUUGCUUAGUGAAGUGGAGAGGCUAGCAAGGUCUCUUAAUUUGCCAGAGGAUGUGGGUUACACUUGUGAAACUGCAGGAUACUUCUGGUUGCUUCAUGUUUAUUCACGCUGGGAGCAAUUUCUUGCUGCUUGUUCUGAGAAUAACGAAAAGCCAACAUUUGUUCGAGAUCGUUUUCCCUUUAAAGAGUUCUUCUUUGACACACCACAUCCUGUAUUUACCGGCGAAUCUUUUGAGAAAGACAUGCGGGCUGCUAUGGGAUGCUUUCGUCAUCUGAAGACUAUGUUUCAAGAACUCGAAGAGUGCCGGGCAUUUGAAUUACUUAAGUCAACAGCUGAUAGGGCUAACUACUUAAUGACCAAGCAGGCCAAGAUUGUGGCAAUGACUUGUACUCAUGCAGCUCUGAAGAGGAAAGAUUUCCUUCAGUUGGGUUUUAAGUAUGACAAUUUGUUGAUGGAAGAAAGUGCUCAGAUUUUAGAAAUUGAGACUUUCAUACCAAUGUUACUCCAGAGGCAAGAAGAUGGUCAUGCUAGGCUUAAACGCUGCAUUCUGAUUGGUGAUCAUCACCAGUUGCCUCCAGUUGUGAAGAAUAUGGCUUUCCAAAAGUACAGCCACAUGGAUCAGAGUCUGUUUACUAGGUUUGUCCGUUUGGGCAUUCCUUACAUUGAGCUAAAUGCUCAGGGAAGAGCCAGACCAAGUAUAGCUAAACUCUUCAAUUGGAGAUACAGAGAUUUGGGAGACCUUCCUAUUGUAAAGAAGGAAGUCAUAUUCAAUAGGGCAAAUGCUGGGUUUGCUUAUGAUUAUCAGUUAGUGGAUGUUCCAGAUUACAUGGGUAAGGGGGAGACAACUCCAUCUCCAUGGUUCUACCAAAAUGAGGGAGAAGCAGAGUAUGUUGUCAGCGUCUAUAUAUACAUGCGUCUGUUAGGGUAUCCUGCUAAUAAGAUAUCAAUUUUGACUACUUACAAUGGCCAGAAACUUUUGAUCCGUGAUGUUAUAAGCCGGAGAUGCACUCCAUUUGACUACAUUGGUGCACCAAGCAAGGUUACUACGGUGGAUAAGUUUCAAGGUCAGCAAAAUGAUUUUAUUUUGCUGUCUCUUGUGCGAACUCGAUUCGUUGGUCACCUACGUGAUGUAAGAAGAUUGGUUGUUGCCAUGUCACGAGCUCGGCUGGGUUUAUAUGUUUUUUGCCGCCGUUCCCUUUUCGAGCAGUGCUAUGAGCUGCAGCCUACAUUUCAGCUUCUUCUGAAGAGACCUGACCACCUUGCCCUUAAUUUUAGUGAGAUUACAUCAUGUACUGAACGAGAUGUUGAAGAUCCUGGACCUCAUAUACAUCUUGUCAGUGGCAUUGAGGAGAUGAGUAGUAUCAUAGAAAGGCUGUGUCAGGAAAAGUUGAGAUAUCAGUUUGAGCAAAAUGGAUCUCAUUUUAGUCACCCAGAACCAUCUGUUAACACAACAGAUGUGGUGCAAAACAGGCAGCAGAUUGUGGACACUGAUAUGCCUGAACAGACAGAUGAUGAAAGUGAGGAAGCUACAAAUGUUGAGAACCAUGUGACUGGAGACGUGCCACCAGAAGAUAGUAGCAUGGAGGAUGUUACUACUGGUGGUGGCAGUGCUAGUGUUGCAAAUGGGAGCCCAACAGUAUAGGAGCCCUUCAACUAUGCAAACGAGCAAUAGACUAAGCAGCAUUCAUUGCACAUGUAUUUGUUCACUUUCCAGAGUGACAUCCCUAUGGAAUUCGUUGCUAAAUUGACAAGUGUAGCUAUAGUAACUGAGGUUUUGGAUAUUCUAAUGUAAAAGGUUCCUUUUAUGUAUGUACCAGUUGUUGCCAUUGUUGGUGUUCUUAUUUCAGUGCUUUAGGGUUUUUCUUACAAAUUUUGAGACAUGUAUGAUGAAUCUUUACCAAAGAUUAGAUGUUUCCUAAUCAAGAAUUCGAUGCUUUGAGUAGAAAAAAUGGCAUACCACAUGUUAUGUUGUACAGUAUUAACCUAGCAGUAUGAUAAGGCGGUGUUUUCCAAUGUAGUAUUUAAUUAUUUUUGGGA